UGACUCGAAGCUCGUUGCAGGUCGCUCCUCUCGAGCAAAAGCCUUGCGCGAUCACUGUUAUCUAAAGAACUUGAACUGGUACAAUGGACCUACACACAUGGUGAGGCUGCGCCAGUAGAAUGUACGAUUGCAAACUUGCAGGUGUCGAUGGUUUGGCUUCGGGCCGCCGCUUUGUGGAUUUCUUGGGUGGCACAGCAACCGGAUCGGCCUGCAGUGGCAUUGCACACCAAUUCAAACCCGCAUUCUUUUUCCAUCACCCACAGCUGCGCACUCUUCCAUAUUCAUUUUCAUCCUCACACUCGGAUAACAAUGUGCUUGCUAGAGUACCUACCUAGGUAUGUCAGACCAUUCAGUGGUCGAGCAGCCAUGCAUAUUGUUGAGCUAUCUUCUCGUCAGAAAUGACACCAACAUCGUCGAGAUGCCUUCAAGUUCUCGCAGGUCGCACUACUACCUUCCCGUAUGCCUUUAGUCCCUGACCUCCGGCGCUUCAUUCAUAGUGAGGCGAUCAAACUACAUUCAGGAUGUCACAAAAGGUCUGACCGUGCUGGAUUGUGGGAACGCCAGACCAUGCAUUGGGAUCAGUAAAACGGCAUAGUCUUUUCACGGUCACUUCUUCACAGUGUUCUUACGUUCGUCUAAUACUACUUUUAGACAGUAUGGUUCUCUUUCUUCUACAUCAUGGUGCUCAACUUGAAGAGGGCUGUUCGGUACAUCUCAGUUGACAGGUGAGACUCUAGCACAACUCCCUACCACAACCGCAUGAAAAUUGGUGUGAUAGAAGUUCGCUUCUGCUCCUUUAAAGGGGCUUGGAAGAGCCCUAGCCAAGAGCUCCAGAUGUUCAGGUUAGAUAUGGGGAUUGGAGGGUGUUUACUAUCUGUGUUCGGCUUGCUUGGCUUCAACAGGACAACCAUGCUUGCUAGUAGUACUCUCCCACGUUUCCUAAACAAAUAGUGAAUGCAGCCAUGCCAUAACUGAUACGGACAAUCUGCAGACGCUACUGACAUGACAACCUCGCUUCUAGGGAGACAAAGCAGUCCCCUCCAUCGUUUCUGGGCAGACUUUUCUCGUCACACAAGGUAGGCUCCAGGGUUGGGGCGCCUUCGUCUGCAUCUAAGACGGGGAACCGCGGGAAAACGACUGUUAGCAUGCUGAGCCUACUACUACAGGGGGCUCGGUUUCUCAGCCUUCCACACAACGCCUCUGAAGCUGCUCUAACCGUUUCUCAUGCGGUCAUAUGGAAGGGAUUCCGAGCUGUAAAAGAGAAGAUCUGGCUGGCGGCGAUAGGCAGCUCUGCAACUGUGGCGUUCCUGGCGGACGAACUCGAGCACAAAGACGAGCACAAAGAGCCUCAUGAACUUUGUACCAGCUCUCCUGACACCAACCCCGGUCUAACGUGGCGCGCGGCUGAAGCCGAUUAGGCACAGUAAUAAGAAAUUCAGGUACCUUGGAUUGAAAAUCCCGGAAGAGGCCUAGAAGUUUGACGUAAAAAGACCACGAGGAACUUGGCGCAUGUUUUACGUCUUUGUGGCCUAUCCAGGCCACAAAGAUUCCCGGUUGCACAACAUUGUACAGGUGCUUUUCCUAUCUGCUCUGUGGGCUGAACGAAGGACAGCAAGACGCAUCAGACAGCUGGCCCGCCGGACGCUACGGCUGCAAUUCGGAUUCCUACCAGCAGUGUACACAUAUGCACCAUUAUUUCGACCCAACCCGCCUCAUCCCUCUGGUGCUGUUAGCUCUCAUACAUGUGUGAUUCCCGCGCUCGAUUUCGCCGGUCUCUCGCUUGGGAGUAGCGAGAAGUGGGAAAAGGGGGGGCGCUGGUUGAAAGCUGGGGUAGUGGCCAUUGGCGCACCGCAAACUUGAACCCAUCACGAACACACAGCACUAGCGGGCAGUGGGCUAACGAGCGAAGCUAUCCGAGCGUAUCGAUGGCCACAAAGCAAAUUCCCACGCGAUGACAAGAGGUAAGCUGCAGUCAAUGAUUGGUGGGACGACUCCAAGUUGCUCUGGCCCGAAAAGAAAUACGGUUCUUGAAACGAAGCGAUCAGAAAAACUAAGGUCGGUGGGUGCUCGAGCGUCAGCCUUUCCUGUUCGGUCGCACAACCAUUGGACUUUGGUAACGGCCAUGGCGCUCUGGCCACCGCCGUUCCAGCCCCAAACGGUUCGAUAUUGAUGUAAAUGACAUAAGGUACUGUUAGAGAUCUCCAGGGUUUGUGGGUUGGCAAAAGGACUGCAUACUAGUAUACAGCAUUUUCCACCUUUUUUCCUUGUGGGAGUUCGAUGUGAAGGUUUUCCAGCUUCCCUGGGCCAUCAUGGCCUCCCAGUCGUAUACUUCACAGAGCGACUCACUGUUUCCUUUACCAACCAUUUUGCGACAUGGACUCAUAGCUGUCGCCUUUUUCGGCAUCCUCUCACUGGUCGCCACCUUCAGUCUGUUCAUCUACCUGACUUACCGCCUCUGUUCGUGGUAUCUAAAAGGCCAGCUUCGAGAUGGCGCCAACCAAUUCUUCCUUCUGAUAUACAACCUUGUCUUGGCCGAUCUUCAGCAAGCAGUGGCUUUUGCACUGACCGCGCGCUACCUCGCGACCGACAAGAUUGAGGUCGGAACGAAAACCUGCUGGGCCAAUGGCUGGUUUAUUUCCACCGGCGAUUUGGCCUCUGGAGUUUUCAUCCUAGCAAUCGCCAUCCACACUUUUUUCGCCGUGGUCAAAGGCCGCCGGGUCUCCAACAAGAAGUUUGCAGCGGGCAUAGUCUCCGCCUGGAUUUUUGUCUAUGCAAUGGCCAUCAUCGGUGUCGGCAUAGACCCACAUCUGUACGUGAGGGCUGGUGCAUGGUGCUGGAUCAACCAUAAACAUGAGAGCCUCCGAUUGUGGCUACAUUAUUUCUGGAUUUUUGUUUGCAUGUUUGGAACUGUUGUCAUAUAUGCCUCCAUCUUCCUCUCCAUCCACACACACGUACGGCGCGAGUCCGUGGCGGCACCUGCUGGUCAAGGCAGCAAUCAAGUGCCAUUGACGCGCGCAGCGCGCUAUAUGAUCAUCUAUCCAGUGGUCUAUGUGAUUUGCACAUUACCACUUGCAGGUGGCCGCAUGGCAUCGAUGACGGGGAGUUCAGUGCCGUACUGGUGGUACUGCCUGGCGGGAGCGGCCAUUACAAGCUGCGGCUGGCUUGAUGUGCUCCUGUAUGCCUGUACGAGAAGAGUCUUGAUCUUCAGCCCACAUGCGCCAGCUCCUCAUGAUAUGGGCUUGGACACAUUCGGUUGGAAUUAUUCCAGAGAAGGAUUCUGGGGCACCACCACGACAAUCUCAGGACCCAUCAGUGAUGGACAGUCGGCAAAACACGAUAGGAGAGACUUCUUCAGUCGCACGACAACUCGUUCGCUUCGAGGUAGAGACUCGGAGGAACAUCAUCUCGCAGACCAACCUCAAGGGGUCAUCACUGCAAAGACAGAGAUCGAGGUUCACUCGGGUGAUAUCCCUGAGGGUGCUCCACGUCCCCGCUAUGCCCGGUCUGAUAUCAGUGGCUAUGAUUCUGAGGGGAAGGGCCAUGAGUUGGUGUUUAUGAACGAAGGGGGACUGGAAUUGUAACGAGCCUGGUGGAUCAGAUGUAACGAACACGAACCCACUCAAUAACAUGGUGGUAUAUGUCACAUAAAUACGAACAUUUUUGUCACGAUUUCCCGAACCAUGGGAUCUCCCAC